ACAAGAAGAACAACAAGAAGAACAAGAAGAAGAACAACAAGAAGAAGAAUGGAUCCUGAAAAGCAUCCCAGAACGCACCUGCUGUUAUUUAUCUGUUAUUUCUACCUACCUUUUAUUUAUAGCGCAUCUGCUGCUAGAUGCCCGGUAUCUCUACCUCAGAAGGUUACAUCACAAAACCCUUGUUAUCAAGUCCGAAACUUGGCGUUAGAAAGACAACGUUCAAUCUACAGCCUCAAACCACCAUCACCUUUACUUCCAUACGCUCGUUUAAACAUGACAAUACCGCAGUACGCUGAGUACCUCAAGACAGAUCCUUUCUUGAAUCACCAUGCUCAGCUUUUGAUUGGCUUGUCUCAGUUGAACAACAAAACCUUGUAUUCCUACAUGAAGGCGACUCAAAACCUUCCGCGGAUUCCAGAACUGAAUGAAUACGCAGGCAUGUUGAGCUUCUUUGGAGAUUAUCCUGAAAAAGUCUUCGGGGAACACGUGCGCAGACCUUCACAGUACGAACUCUUCCAAUCCGACCACUCGACCUGGUUAUCAGACGAUUUUUUUACUCAACAGCGAUUGGCUGGAACCAACCCAAUGGCGAUCAAACAAGUGACAUUUUCUAAGAAACGUGGAAUUUACUGGCAGGAAUUGAAAAAGAACUUGAAUCCAAACUUUAACUGGCAAACAGCUUUUCAACAAGUGGCUGGUAGUUGUGUGUCCGGCAUAUCACAGUAUAGUCUAGAAACGGCAAUAGAACACGGCCACAUCUUUGCCAUUCGUCAUCCUCUUUCUGACAACAUGGCGAAGAUGCGGGACAUUGCUACACCUCCCGUCCCCCACCCCCCACGUGAGAUGUGGCCAAUGCGAUCUCCCAUAUCGCUGUUCGUGUCCGUACCGACGCUUGAUCGGAUUAAUCCAGAAAAUAAGAGGAAGCUGAAACCUAUAGCAAUUCAAAUGGAUUAUAAACCAGAUUCUCCUGUUUACACACCUCGAGACGGCUGCAAAUGGACACUAGCAAAACUCAACGUCCAACUUACUGACCUCGCCCAAGCGCAACUCAUAGAACAUCUCAGUAAGGUUCACUUCACAGUCGAGGCAUUUUGCGUCAGCCUGCAAAGACAUCUCUCAGAGUUCCAUCCACUUCACAUUAUUAUGAAGUACCAUUGCCGAGGAGUGAUCACAUCAAAUACGUUUGGCGCGCCAGUCCUGGUUGCGCCAGAAGGGUUUGUAGACCAACUGUAUCCAGUCGGUUGGCAAGGUGCAUUUACUUAUAUCCAGAGAGCGUCAAGUGUUACUAACUGGGAAGACUUGGACUUUGAGACAUACAACAAAAAACGAGGGAUAGAUGAUGCAGAAAGCCUGCCUUACUUCCCAUACAGAGACGAUGGUAAACUUAUUUCAGAUGCGAUCAAAGCAAUGGUGACGGAUUAUAUCAAUGCGUUUUAUCUCAGUGAUAAUGACGUUAGAGCUGAUAAUGAACUGCAGACUUACGUCAGCGAGAUUUCAAUAGAUGGUAAAGGACCAUACGGAGGCACAGCCCAGAUAAAAGGAUUCCCACCCAGAGUAAAAUCAAAGAUGGAACUCAUCGACAUCAUACAUCGGUUCAUAUGGUUGAUGACAGGCCAACAUGCCGCAGUCAGCUUCCCGUUAAGUGAUUACGGGAUCUACCCGCCUAAUGCUCCUACUAAGCUAUACAACGACUCACGCGGGCCAGAAGGGCAGUUCUCUAUCUACAACCUUCCUUACAGAUUUACUGCUGCAAUUCAGAAUCGUGCAUUCAUUAGCCUCUCGUCCUUGCGUCUCGAUCGGUUAUUUGACUAUGGCCCUUUACUUGAAGAUAGUCGAGCCCGUGAAGUGCUUUACAAACACUACAGUAAUCUAGUGAACAAAGUAGAGCUGGUAUUGGACGAGAGGAACAAGAAUCGCCAUAACACUGGAUUCCUUACAUACCCGUAUCUGCUUCCGAGAUGGCUGCCUAAUGGUGUGCAAACCUGAAUGGAAGCAUAUGCGCUUCCUUUUGCUAAAUUUAGUAAUAGCAGUCUAAAGCGCAUUGAGCUUAGAUAUCAUUCGAUUUUGCCAUAUCAUCAUAUGAAUUUUGGAAUAAAAGGUUUUUACGUUUGGGGGACUGAUAGAGACAAGGGCAAUUCAAAAUGCAGCAAUACUGCGCAAUAAAGGCUUUUACGACAGCCAUAUUGAAAGACAAAUUGAAAGCAAUAAAAAUAAUAAAAAUUUUAACUCAUGUAAAAAAUCUAUAAUCCUUGAAAAACAUUGCAACAUUGCGAUUCACAAUAUUCUGCUAAUUUUUCGCUGCCGUCAAUUUUAGAUGACGUAAUCGUCCGAACCAAACCCGAAUACAAAUCAAUACUAAAAACUCGUUCCAUCGAAUAUCAGCUCCGAAUAGCAACAAACCGUGUUGAUCGGAAUUCUCUCGUUUGCAUUCGGUUUUGGUUCGGAAGAUUAAGUCUGAUUUUUCCGCACAGUAUUGAGAAUCAUGCAGUAAUCCCUCUCACAAUAUGGCUGCCGAAGACACAUCUGAAUAUAUAUAACAUGCGUAUACAGGGGAGUUUAUAGAAUAGUGAAUAGAGAAUGGGGACAAACAAUUAAAUAUAAGCACACGCAAAAAUAUGCAACAUUUUCGAAAGGUAAAUCAUGUAUUCCAACCCGAUUUUUUAUCACCAGGCAUAAAGCAUUGAAGUUAAAACAUUUUAUGUAAUAUCAAGGACAUUAAAAGAUGAUGCAUUA